AUGCGUAGACAAGGACAGCCAGGUGAUGUGGAGGAGGAGUCAUGCAGCGAGGAUGAUGGGAGUGUCGGUUUGGUUGAAGGGAUUGGUGAAGUGGAUGAGGAGGGACGGGAUGAUCGUGAUGCCGUGACAUAUGGUGGGGCGCUGGUCGAGGUGUUUGGUAGGGAUCCCGGAACUGCCGGUGAUCAGGGAGGAGCUGAACGGUUGGAACAAAAUGGUGGGAGCGGAUUGGAAGGGAUGGAAGGUCAGCAGGGGUUGAGAGGGCAGCAGGGGAUGGGAGGACACCCGGGGUUGCGAGGGCAGCAGGGGAUGGCAAGGCAGCAGGGGAUGGCCUGGCAGCAGGGGAGCAGCGGACAGGCAGGGUUGGGAGGGCGGCAGCGGAUGGGAGGGCAGCAGGGGAUGGCAAGGCAGCAUGGGAUGACAGGGCAGCAGGGGAGCAGCGGACAGGCGGGGUUGGGAGGGCAGCAGAGGAUGGGAGGGCAGCAGGGGUUGGGAGGGCAGCAGGGGUUGGGAGGGCAGCAGGGGUUGGGAGGGCAGCAGGGGUUGGGAGGGCAGCAGGGGUUGGGAGGGCAGCGGGGGUUGGGAGGGCAGCGGGGGUUGGGAGGGCAGCGGGGGUUGGGAGGGCAGCAGGGGUUGGGAGGGCAGCAGGGGUUGGGAAGGCAGCAGGGGAUGGGAGGGCAGCAGGGGAUGGCAAGGCAGCAUGGGAUGACAGGGGAGCAGGGGUUGGGAGGGCAGCAGGGGAUGGGAGGGCAGCAGGGGUUGGGGGGGCAGCAGGGGUUGGGAGGGCAGCAGGGGAUGGCAAGGCAGCAUGGGAUGACAGGGGAGCAGGGGUUGGGAGGGCAGCAGGGAAUGGGAGGGCAGCAGGGGUUGGGGGGGCAGCAUGGGUUGGGAGGGCAGCAUGGGAUGACAGGGCAGCAUGGGAUGACAAGGGAGCAGGGGUUGGGAGGGCAGCAGGGGAUGGGAGGGCAGCAGGGGUUGGGGGGGCAGCAGGGGUUGGGAGGGCAGCAGGGGAUGGCAAGGCAGCAUGGGAUGACAGGGCAGCAGGGGAGCGGCGGACAGGCGGGGUUGGGAGGGCAGCAGGGGUUGGGAGGGCAGCAGGGGUUGGUAGGGCAGCAGGGGUUGGGAGGGCAGCAUAGGAUGGGAGGGCAGCAGGAUACGAGAGGCCAACUUGGGUCCCAGGAUGCGUUACAAGGGCAAUUUGGGUACGUUCAAGCCCUUAACCAACGAUGGGGACGCGUGGGAAUGCCAAUGCAUGGGAAUGUUGCAGGUCUGGAGCAACGUUGGAGCCAUGUGGGCAUGCCAUUGCAACGGGAGGUCGAGGGGUCGUCGUCUGGUAUGCACAACAGGUCGCCGUGCCAACAGGGAUACGAGAACAGCAACAGCUCUUUGCAGUAG